AGAUAAAGGAGAGCUGAGCGUGGAGCUGCAGCGGUUUGAGGAGCUGUCCAGAUGCUGAAACGGCACCACGCAACCUCUCACUUCAUUUUGGGAGCUGGUUGUUGAUGGACCGGUUAUCUUCGGAGCGAUUUUCAGAUUGUAUUUUUUUUUUUUUUUGAGGGGAGGUAUUAACUCACGAAAGAUGGGUUUAUUCUCAGAAAAAAAAAAUCUAAAAGCUGAUUGAAAAAUAUUCCUCUGUUCUCAUCUGCAAGGAGAUUCAGACAAUCAAUUUUUUUAAAUAUAUAUAUAGAUUUUCUCUUCCAGGCUCAUCCAAGUAAUUUCUAGCAAAAUUACGAUCAAUUCGCCAUAAAUCAGUGUCAGCCACAGCUCUGCAUGUAGGCUACUGCUGGAGAAUGCAGGCAGGAGGGGUGGAGUUCACUGCGUUUACUUUUCAAAGCGCCUCGGUCUCAGACAGAAGGAGCUCAUUCUGCAGAGUUUGAACUGAUGGGUCCAGGCAUUUGAUCCCCACGUUUCUUUUAAGCCAUUCGCCUCGCAGCCGCUCCCACCGCCGCCUUAAUUAAACUUUCCAUGCUGUUGCCCUUCCGGCGGACCGCAUCCAGGAGGUUUGUCUGGACCGCGCUCGCUCCUGCUCCCUUGGCCGCCGCGCUCCGGUUCUCCUCCCUCGGCUCUCCAGGUCCAGCGGAACUCACUCACACGGCCACAGGAGCUGGCCCGGGUCUCCCGCACGCAUGGAGGGGGACGUAAUGGACAAGGUGGAGGCCACGGCGACGGUCUGUGACUUCGACCCCAUGAGUGGAAGCAUCCCUGCCACCAAAGUGGAGAUCACAGUGUCCUGCAGGAAUCUUCUGGACAGAGACACUUUCUCCAAGUCCGACCCAUUGGUUGUGUUGUACACCCAGGGCGUGGAGUCUAAACAGUGGCGAGAGUUUGGGAGAACGGAGGUGAUAGACAACACGCUAAACCCUGAUUUCGUCAGGAAGUACAUCCUGGACUACUUCUUUGAGGAGAAGCAGAGCCUGCGCUUUGACGUGUAUGACAUUGACUCUAAAAGUCCAGAUUUAGCAAAACAUCCCAACGACUUUAACGACUUCCUGGGUCAGGUCUACUGUACUCUAGGAGAGAUCGUGGGCUCGCCUGCCAGUCGUCUGGAGAAGCAGCUAGUGGGCAUUCCUGGGAAGACAUGUGGAACCAUAAUCUUAUCAGCUGAAGAGCUUGGAAACUGCAGAGAUUAUGCCACCAUGCAGUUCUGUGCCAACAAAUUGGAUAAAAAGGACUUCUUUGGAAAGUCAGACCCCUUCAUGGUCUUCUAUAGAAGCAACGAGGAUGGCACGUUUACAAUUUGUCACAAGACCGAGGUGGUGAAGAAUACCCUGAAUCCUGUGUGGGAGCCCUUCUCCAUCCCUGUCAGAGCACUCUGCAAUGGGGACUAUGAAAGGACAAUCAAGGUGGAGGUGUAUGACUGGGACAGAGAUGGGAGUCACGAUUUCAUCGGUGAAUUCAUAACAAGCUACAAAGAGCUAUGCAGAGGCCAGAGCCAGUUAAAUCUCUAUGAGGUGGUGAAUCCCAAGAAGAAACUAAAGAAAAAGAGAUAUAUCAACUCUGGCACGGUGUCAUUAUUGUCAUUCAAUGUAGAGUCUGAGCACACAUUCUUGGAUUACAUCAAAGGAGGAACUCAGAUUCACUUCACAGUGGCCAUUGAUUUCACUGCAUCAAACGGAAAUCCAUCGCAGUCCACUUCGCUACACUACAUGAACCCGUAUCAGAUGAAUGCCUAUGCCAUGGCUCUGAAGGCUGUGGGAGAGAUCAUUCAGGACUAUGACAGUGAUAAGAUGUUCCCUGCACUUGGAUUUGGUGCUAAGCUCCCGCCUGACGGGAGGGUGUCUCAUGAGUUUCCACUGAAUGGCAACGUUGAGAACCCUUACUGUAAUGGUAUGGAGGGGAUUCUCGAAGCUUACCAUCAAAGCCUUAAGACGGUUCAGCUGUAUGGACCCACCAACUUCGCUCCUGUUGUUAAUCACGUGGCAAGGUAUGCAGCAGCCGUGCAGGACGGAUCUCAGUACUUCGUCCUGCUCAUCAUUACAGAUGGAGUUAUAUCAGAUAUGGCUCAGACCAAGGAGGCCAUAGUGAAUGCUGCAAAACUCCCGAUGUCUAUCAUCAUUGUCGGAGUUGGCCAAGCGGAGUUUGAUGCAAUGGUUGAGCUGGAUGGUGAUGAUGUCAGAAUCUCUUCACGAGGAAAGUUGGCAGAGAGAGACAUUGUGCAGUUCGUACCAUUCAGAGACUACAUGGACCGCACAGGUAACCACGUCCUCAGCAUGGCCCGGCUGGCCAAAGACGUUCUGGCUGAGAUCCCGGACCAGCUGAUCUCCUACAUGAAGAGCAGAGCCAUUAAGCCCAACCCCGUCCCCCCACCGUACUCAUCCUGCAAGCAGCCCGAGACGGAGUCUGUUUGAUCCCCGCCUCUGACACGGCACCGCCUUGGCAGGGGCAGGUUUCACAUUAAUGCAAACGAUCCUUAUGAGCAGAAAGUGGGAAUGAUUUCCAGGCACUUUUACCCCAGUGAAACCAUAAAACUCUAUGAAGAGCCAGAGCAGAGAGUCAGCUGUAGAGGAACUUGUUGGUAAUCAGAGGGUUUUAUUUUUCUCUCUGAGAGCACCGAGAGGAGAACGAUGUAAAGGGAAGACUUAGAUGUUUGCUGUCAAACCUGUCAAAGUGGUAAUGUAAUGGAAACCUGUAGAGAGAGGCCUUUCUGAAGGCGUACACAUAUUAGGAUGUACCAGUUUGUAUUUUGUUUGUGAUACCUUUUUGGAGUUUAUGUGUUAAUCUAGGGAUCCCUUACGAAUACCAGUUUUAUUUAUUGCAGAAACAAUUUAUUGUUUCGCAGAGAUUUUAUUGGGUUGGGGGAUUGAAGUCAUAUAGAAAUAUAUAUCCUUUAGUUUUCCAUCUUAUAUUUUGUGACUAGCAUAAGGAAAACUAUCAUUUCUACUACCAUUUCUACUUUGAUAAAGCCUGUAACAUAGAAGCAUGGGAUAAAAACGUAACAAUGUAGGAAUCAUUUUCGCUCACGGGAAAUUUUUGGACUGCAAGCUGUAACAUAGUCUACCGACAUACAGAUUUUUCAUGUCUUAUAUGCAUUUCUAAUCUUUAUAUAAACAGAAUGCACUAAUUAGUGUCAACAUAAAAGCACAAAGUCCUCAUAUUAUUGAGUUAAAUACAUUUAUUUUGAAAAAUCAAACCAGAAUGAAAAUCAUUUGAAGGGUGGCAGAUCACAUCUUACCACAGCUUUAAUAUUUUCUUCUAGUAUUUUAGACAAAAUUAUUAUUUAGGUAUGUAAAAUGCUGAAUAUUCUUAUAUAUUAAACUAUAUUUUCCUUACUAUAUUGAGCAGGAUGUUUACAUAAGAAUAACUGCAUAAUUCCUGGUACAUCCUCAUACAUUAUCUGUAUGCAAAGAAAUAAAUUGUACUUAAGGGAGGCUCUUUUGCCAUCUUACUAUUUAUUUAUUUAUUUAUUUAUUUAUUUAUUUAUUUAUUUAUUUAUUUAUUUAUUUAUUUAUUUAUUUAUUUAUUUAUUUCCAUUGUAUUUGUUGCUAAUGCAUGUCAUUAUCUGGAAUUUUGUUUGGCAAAUUUGAAGGAUCCUUCAGAUUUUAAACUCUGAUGACAACUUGCUCCCUUCAUUUCUUCCUUAAAUGUAUUUAAAUUUUGUUGAGGGAGAUUCUGAAUAAUCAGAAAUCAUUGACCAGAAACUUAAGUGCAUUCAUAUGCAUAUUAUUUCAAAUAUCUAACAAAUACAACAAUUACUGAAUGACUUGAGUUCAGCUAAAGUUUGACUGUACUCAGUCUGGAUCCAGUGUUUUGCUUUUACUAUUGUCCAUAUUUUUCUCCAUGUAUAUUUUUUUCCAACUACAACAGACACCAUUUAAAGCUCACACUGUUUUAUUUAUCCUUCAGUUGUGUGAAAAGCCUGUAAGAAGCAUAAAUGAAUCUUUCACUGCUGUAGCAUAAUCUCACAUUAAAGAAGUUCAGAAAUCCAACUUUUUAUCUCACAUUCAAAGAUUAAGAGGAGCGACUGAAAACCAUUGAAAAUAUGGUUUAGGUUUAAUCUAGCUUCAAUUAACCAGGAUAAAAACUCCUCGAGAUUAGACAUCUCUUUUACAGCUUCUUUUCCACACACAUUUGUUUAUUUUUCUCCAAACUGACCUGAAGUAGUGAUGUUUUUUGAGUGUUGGUCAGUUGCUAAUAUGAAUUCUUAGCAGCAUCAUUCAUUAUUAAAGCUGAAAUACUUUUUUUCCAUUAGACAUCUACAUAAUUAUCUUCUCUGCUUGUGUUGGAAAAUAAAUAUUUAAUCAUUGCAGCAUCUAAUGUGUGAAUAUGGGAAAGUUUAGAUACUUUACCGACUUGCAAAAACUUAGAAAUUGUUUUAAAACUGACCAAUGUUAAAAAGGAAAGCAAAAUAAAAAGCCAUUUACUGUUUUUCAUAGGAAAUGUCUGAUGUGGCAGAAAUUGUCACUGUUUUCAUUUAUUUAUUUUUAUUUUUUUUCCUUUUUAAAAAGUUGGAUGUUUCCAAAUUCUUUACUGUGAGAUUAUGCUGAUGCACCAAAAAAGUAAUCCAUGUGUCAAGUUUUUACUUUUACAGGGUUGCCAAUAACAAUAGUUCAUUUUUGUUAUGAAAUUAAACUUUUGGACAGUUGUUGAUACGUCUUUGUUGAUGGCAUCAUUAUCCGUUUGAAACUUUUCACAGUUCACUUUCUCCCUGUCACUCGGUAUCUUGACCUAGAUGUGCCUACCGUUUUAAAAACAUAUCCAAAUUAAGUUUACCCAGGUGUUUUACGUGGAUUCAUUGAAAUAGUUGGAAAUGAUGAAAACUCCAGAUUAGGACUGUCACAGUGGCAGCUGUUGAAUCAUUCUGUCUCCAUUGGUGUUCUGUAUAUUUUAUACCUUCGGCUCGUCACUAAUAAUCUUUGGAGUAGUUGCUAAGCCUUGCUGUACACUUUUUAAAACCAAGAACUGUUUACAAUUUAACCAUGACUAUUUACAUUAAUCACCUUUAGGACAAAAACAGAUUCAUAGGUUUCAUUAACAUAUUUGUUUGGGUUUCUAGUUUAACUGAUUUAUUUAUUUUUGUCUUAUUGUGAUUUAAAGUAUUAUUGAAUGACAGUGGAGAACCAAUGUUUACACAGGUUUUUUGCUUCAUCACAGAAUGUGAGUCAGUUUUAUUUUGUAUGUUUAUGCAAUGAUCUGUCUUUGCCGUUUGCUGUUUUUUAACUCCUGCUGCUCUAAGCGCUCUCAGAGAGCUGAAAGAGUCUGAUGAGUCCACAGAAACUCAGACCAGAGGCACUAAACUUCUUAGGGUUAGCUCAGAACUCUCUUUUAUUUUUGUUUUUUUACAUUUUACCGUCAGAAGACAAAGAGUUUAAACUGCCGCAAACGUAACUGCUUCUUCUGACCUCAAACAAGGCUAACAAGUUACAUAAUAAGUUACGAAUACCAGUAUACCUCUACAGAAGCCAUUUACUACAAAAUAAAACUGAUUUAUUCUUCAGAAAUAAAAUAUAGCAGAUUAUCAUCAUUUAAUGUUAGCUUAUUUGCAUACAAUGUAUUUUUUUUUCAGUCAGACUUCAUUGUUCACAAUGUGAAGAUCAUUUAGCAGCAUGAAGCAAAGAAAUGAGCAUCAUUAUGCAGGUCGCAGUCUGACAAAAUGGAGAAAAGAGAGCAGAAACAUUUGAAGUAGAGGUGGUGCACUUUCAAAGGGAAAUAAUGUAUUCAUUAUGACAUCAAAUCAGUUUAAGUAGGAUUAAAUGCUUUGUUUAUUUAUGAGCGCCUCUUUUAAGAAUAUAAAAGGGUUUUAUUCUUUUCCCUAAGGCUUUCUUUUCCUCUCACAGGGAAAUCAGAAAAAAAAAAAUUUAAAUACCAAGGACACAAUAAUUACUCUUAUGCAAUUGUGAAACAUUAAACAGUUCUGAGUUCUAUUUUUCAGCAGCAGAGCAAUUUAUUUUCCUUAGCGGAAGUUGAUUUUAUUUGCUAUUUCGCUUUAGCUGGUCUUUGAGGCUGAACUCUAAUUAUGUACAUAAGCCCUGUAUGAGGAAUGUCCAGUGCCAACGUGUUCAGUUGUUGAACUUUAGCCUCUGUAGACAGUAUGCAUGUUUGUGCCAAAGUGGCAGGAAGUUUGGUGGUUUCUCUUCAUUUCACCUGAUUAAUGCAUCUCUCACUGACUUUAUUUGUGACAGAGGGCGCCGUUCGGAGAGAACGGCCUCUUCCGGCAUGUUGCAUCUAAGCUUUGUUUCCAUUCUGUUCCUAUCAGAAACAUACUGAAUGGGUUCUUCUUGCCAUUGCUCCUGUUUUAACCCAGGUUGUUUACAUACCUCUUUUAAUCUCUGACUUGCAUGCUAAAAAAAAAUAAAAAAUAUUUCCAAACCAAAUGUUGGACACAAUACUGUCGUCAUACUGUGGUUUGUGAAAUGCUUUGUAAUGGAUUGCCUUAACUGAAGAUCAAUAAACUAUUGAUAACUUUG